AUGGACCCUUGGGCCACCACACCAAGACAGGAUGCGCAAUCAUCAUCACCAAUGUCUUCUCCCAUAGACUCGACUCGUCGAUUCGCUCAAUACAAACCACGCACGAGUGCCGGUCUCACAGCUUCCUCUUCGCGAGACGCUUCCAGAACGCAGGCGUCUGGAUUUCAGACGGAAGAGACUCCUCAAAGGACGUUAUGGCGAGAAAGACUACGCGUUCAGGUCGAGAAAAGAGCGCGCAAAGAAAGACAAAAGGCAUAUGACAGGGGAAGAAGUGAGGAGCUGAGUAGCGAAGCCGGCAGUGAGGGUGACAUUGAUAUGGAGGAUAAUAUGGAUGACUUAGAUGAUGAAUUGUAUCGCCGCAUUAUGAUCGAAGAGAGACGUCGCCUCGACCACCAAAGGAGGCUGGCAUAUGAACGAGAGUUUGGGGACUCAGACGACGUGUUCAUGGAGGAUUUAGACGCGCUUGAAAAGGAAUUGGCCAACCCAAGCUCACAAAGCAUUCUCGCCCCGCCUAGCCAAGUUGUUCCACGAGCCGAUCCCUCCACUGCUUCAUUUACUCAAGAUGCCUUUGGCGACGAUGAUGACGAAGAUGAAGCCAACCUCGAAGAAAUAAAGCCUGCUUCCAACGCCUGCGAUCCAUCGACGCUUGCAAAAGCUGUAUCAAAAUGGUGA